CUCAUUUAUGAUUUAACCAAAUCCCCGGGACUUACUUUCUCUCUCUAAAAGCAAUAUCUUGUAGAGAGAGAAAUAGAAUGUGCCCUUUACGAAUUAUUCUCAUAUUUCUGUCGGCGACGCUCGCCGGAUUCUUCGUUCUCCGGAACAUCAAAUCUCAAUCUGAUACUUCUUUGGACACCGACGCUGCUACUGCCGCUGCCGACGAUUCCACAUCAUUCUCCAAAUCAUCAUCGUCUGCCUCCAUCGGACGAUCAUCCUCUAAGAUUUACGGUGCUUUUUUUCUGCUUCCAAACAAUCGGAUUAAUCUUCUGUUUCUGUUGAAGCUUUGUGUGGAUGUGGGCUUCCUUUUCUAUGUACAGUUUGGAACCGGAUUGGAUAUGAAUUUGUGUUUUGAUCAUUCUGAACCCGGCUCGAUAUCAAUAGUACCGACUUAUUUCGAACUGAUUCAACACCUUCCUGUUGUAGCCCAGCGGUAUCCGGUGUUGCCCUCCCUACUUGAGGUUGAGGGUUCAAGUCCCGUCGUGGACAUAGGUGGAUUUAAGGUGUAG